AUGCAUGACGGCCCGUUUUUUGUCGAGCAACAAAGACGCUUUGCAAUAGCUGGUACAUGUGGCUCUUUGAUAGAACACUACGAGAAUACCAUCCACCACUGGCUGCCCAUUCUCAGUAUCAAGCGCCUGAAGCAAACCGCAAAAGCUCUAGGGGAUCCAACUCGGGGAGUCGUUGACGUCCUGGUUUUCGUGGCCCUUGAGGCUCUCGUUAGUCAUGGUGAUCAGCCCACCUCGUUGCCGCAAAGUAACCCUUCAUAUUUAAAGGCAAAGCAUGGCAGUUUUAUCGCGGAGAGUGGGGGAACCAUUAAUAUUCGACUGAUACAGACCAUUGUUCUAGUAGCCUUGUAUGAGCUUGGCCAUAGUAUCUACCCUGCCGCAUAUUUAACGAUAGGACAAGCUGUGCGACUAGCUACCAUGGUUGGACUACACAGUCAAAAAGAUGCAAAACAAUUGUUCGUGGAGCCGGAAACAUGGACAUUAUGCGAAGAGCAGAGACGGACUUGGUGGGCCAUCGUAAUGCUUGACAGAGUUGUUGUUGCAGGCUCCCCUCGACUCCUGAUGGCUGCUCCAGAUCCGAACGCGAAUGAUCUUCUUCCUUGCAACGACGACGAUUGGACGAAUGGGCGAAUAGGUUUCAAUGAAGCACUAUUCACGCGCAACUUCCAUUCACCCUCGUCCGUGGGGCAUUUCGCAAGAGUAUGCCAAGCUGUUCAUAUGUUUGGGAAGAUCCUUCAUCACAUAAAAGCCAGAGAAAAAGAUACUGACCCAGUUGAACUUACUGCCGAGGCCUUGCAGUUACAUAUCGUCUUGACAGCGUUAGAUCAAGGCAUCAUGAGCAACGACUGCGACAUUGCGACGGCGCAUGGAAGCUUGCAUUCAGCGUUAUCGCUGUGCAGUUUGGCUCGACUGCUUCUAUACAAUGAGUACGCAUGUAACGAGCCCAGCUUCAGUACGGCACGCGAGAGGCUUGCAGAAGAGGUUGAAAUGCAGCAGAUAUCCUUGGAGGGCAUACAAGACAUUGUUUCCAAGACGAUACCCCGGAUGGCGAGGCAAAUAGUUUCGGCGAGCCAACAGCAAUCCAAAGGGCCGAGACAUUCACCCAUCUUGGCUGGCUGCCUGUAUCAUGCAGCGACAGAGUGCGCAUGGUUCGUCAAAGAGAACAAUGAUGCGGAGAUGGUUGCGGGGUUAGACGCUAUCACGCAUGCACUUCAGGCUCUAAAGCCCGAGUGGUCUGUUUGCAGUAAGCUCCUACAUUUUGACCAAAAGAUUUGCAAGACAGCUGAUCAACCCUACGCAGAUGAAUAUCUUUCGUAUUUGGAGGGCAACAAAAUGCAAAAUUGA